GUAUGGCCGCCGCCACAUGAUAACGCAGGAUACACGAUUUGCGCAAAUAUUAGUAGCACUCAGUCAUGAUGAGGGUCUUUUCCGGCAUACAUCACAAAUGACAUUGGACGGGAAAAAAACAAACGUCAGUAAUCGUCAGAAUUCUGAAGGAUAGCGGCCAUAAACUGUUGAACGAAGUUUGGAUAACAACAACAACACCUUGAGCGCUUGAAUGCACACGUGGGGUAGCCUAUAGUCUGACGUACGUUAUUUCUGGGUAUGUUAUUGAUGUCUGACGAAUUUGGCGUCAUCUUGGGAAUACAUUACCUGAAUGAGAAACACCUUGAUCAUGGCCAGAAAGAGGUUUACGGAGAGGAUAACGAGAUGGUUGACUUUUGGGCAGGCGAAAAAAAAGCUGGGUGAUUCACUAUCAAGUUUUGUGUUGUUCCGAUGCAAACGUCACGUGCUACUGCCUCCACGGUUUCUAGGCCGCGUUCACGAGGGCAUCAGCGAAUGGCUGAAUUCGGAGCUGAGGAUGUUCAGUACAGAGUUAUCUGGUGUAGUGAUUGAUUACAACAAUAUAUCUAUGGCACAGACAACUGGAAGCAUAUAUGAUGAAUCACCUUACCUUCACUUUGACAUAGAAGCUGAUUUUGUUGUGUUCCGACCAACAGUCGGCUGUUCCCUGAGGGGAAAAAUCAACAAGAUUGGCGACGACCAUAUUGGCUGUUUGGUUCACAAUUGUAUAAACGCAUCAAUUCCGCUGCCAAGCCACCUGGUGGAGUCGGGUAAAUUUUCAGGAUCAGACAGUUCGGUGGUGACUUCAGAUGUGGAACUCGAGUUUGAGGUCACAGACUUGGCCAACCACAACCGAAUUCUCACCAUCACUGGGAAGCUUAAGACCAACAGUUUACAGCACAUCAAUCUGACAGAGUUACAAACUAAGCAGGAUCCCACUGAAGGGUUGAGUAUUAGCAGUUUUAAGAUGGAAAACUCAGAGUUUGAGUUUUUGAGACUGACGAGUAAGAGCAGAGAAAGAAAAAAUGGUGGUGAUGAGAAAGCAGAAGCUGAAAGCAGUAGCGGUGGGAAAGCAGAAACUGAAAGCGGUGAUGGUGGGGAGGCAGAAAUCACACUCUGUGGUGAUAGUAGGCAACGAGAGAAAACAGAUUCUGAUUUGGUAUCCCUUAGUAAUUCUAACAGUGGUAGGAAUAGAAAGCGAAAAAAGAAAAAGGAGACAAGUGCAGAUGCGAAGAAGACCGAGUUAUUGGAUACGGUAACCAGCUCUGGUCUAUCCUCCAGUUUCCUUGACUCUGGGGUUGACAUGUCAUUCCUCGGGGGACGUUUACCGGAGAAAAAACACAAGAAACAGGAACAAACUUCUGCCUUUGGUAACCCUGUGAACAGUAGCACGCCCCUGUCAACCCAAAAACACAAAUCCUCUUCUCACAAAAAACACAAACGUAAGAGAAACUUGCAAGUUGAACAGAAAGCAUUGUGAGUCUAUUCACCAUCUUAUGAAUAAAGGUAU